CAACCAUAACAGUUUGUACACAUGUCAGUUAUAAUGUGAUAUUUCGUACGAGGGACAAUCUCGCGGCAAGAGCGUUUCCAAUUUAAAUUCAAGAAUGAAAAUAAACCGUAUACUUGUCGAGAUGAACACAAUAUCAUUUUCGAGCUGUACGGUUUUCGUGUUUUUCUUAAGUGUUUACGCGUCGGAACAAACAUAUUUCCUGAAUAAAGACUACAUAAGCACAAUCAAUAGUGUCGCGAAGACUUGGAAGGCUGGCAUCAACUUUCAUCCGGAAACACCUUUGAAGUUCAUAUUGGGACUUUUGGGCUCAAAAGGCGUGGGCGUCUCGUACACGGGUCCGUUUAAAUUGCACGACCCACUGUACAAGCCCACUGAAAGUAUUCCGAAAGAAUUUGACGCGAGAAAACGAUGGAAAAACUGUACGACGAUUGGGACAAUUCGCGAUCAAGGCAAUUGCGGCUCUUGUUGGGCGUUCAGCACUUCUGGAGCGUUCGCCGAUCGUUUGUGUAUAGCUUCGAACGGAAAAUUCAAUCAACUGUUAUCGGCUGAACAAGUGACUUCCUGUUGUCGCCGAUGCGGUUUAGGUUGCCAAGGAGGUUACCCGAUCAGAGCUUGGCGAUAUUACAGCCAAAAAGGUCUGGUCACCGGAGGACACUUUAACUCGUUUGAAGGAUGUCAACCGUACAUGUUUCCGCCGUGCUCGGCAAACAAUUCUUGUAGCGGUCAACCAGAAAGAAAUCACAAAUGCGUAAAAAAAUGCUACGGAAAUACAUCGAUUUCAUACAGGAACGAUUUCAGAUAUGUUGAAGGAUGGCCAUAUGUCCUGGCCUACGAAAACAUGCAGAAUGAUAUAAUGACUUACGGGCCAAUCGAGUCAUCUUUUGAUGUGUACUCCGACUUUAUAUCGUACAAGUCAGGUGUUUACUCCAAAUCGCCCAACGCUACGUAUUUGGGAGGCCAUUCCGUUAAGUGCAUCGGAUGGGGAGUCGAACGAAACGUGUCGUACUGGCUGAUGAUGAACUCGUGGAACAGUACUUGGGGAGACAGAGGAUAUUUCAAGAUCCGGAAGGGCACGAACGAGUGCCAAAUCGAGGAUUCGUCGACGGCCGGGGUGCCGGAAUAUUAAUAUAAAUGGGGCUGGAAUUUUUAUCUAAUAUUCAUUAUUGUUUUAAAAGGCUAGAUAUUAAUACCAUAUUAAUGGUUUCGUGUAUUUAUUAAUCACAACAAGUUUUUUUUUGAACUUUUUAAAACAUGUUUUGGCUUUCAGGGAGUUUAACAAUAAAAUCCGUUUUUUUUUUUUGUAUAUUUGUUUAAGAAUUUUUUCAAUAAAUUAAUUUUGUAAAUAACGAUUAAUACCCAUAUAAAAUAUUUAUCAAUAUCAGUUUUUCGAAAGGUUGCGUGUGAUUUAAAAAUUGAGCUUACGAGUAAUGAUGGAAAAGUAAAUGAGAAUAAUUUUUUUUCAGUUUAAAACUGGAUAUGAAUAAUACUGCGGUAUAUUUUGGGGGGAUUUUUUUUCGGUGUAUUUUAAGGGUUUUUAAAGAGGAUUACAUUCUCAACCCUUAUUACAAGCAAUUGUACCCCUGUAUUCGAUGAUAUUAGUUUUUUGUACUUAUACAAAUGUUAUGAAAAUAAUUUUUAUCAUAGGCCAUGAUAUUAUCACCUUUAACGAUAUUGUGUAUUUAUAUUCAUUGAACAACAAACAACGAUCGUUUCGAAAAGGAUUAGUUUAAUGAAAAAAAAAUUUGUUUUGCGAAUUCAAGGUCCAUCAACGCAUUCAUUUGUUUAAAAAACAAAUUAUAUUUUAUGCUUUUAACGGGGUUAGUCAGAUAUGUUGCACUAAUAAAAGUAGUUUUAGUGCAUUAAUAAUAUCCACUUAAAAACGUAUUAGUAUGAGCUAAAAAAUGUAAACUACCUACUUAUGCCAAAUUAAACUUAAUAAAACGUUUAC